CACAGAAAAUUUAUUUUACAUCGACACCGGUCAUGGCGUCUGCUAAUUUUUUCGGACGAACUAGUUUGACUAAAAUAAAAAUUUGUAGGCAAUGCAUAAUUGAAUCUAAAAGACAGUUUACAUUUUCUUCAAAGUAUUUUUCACAGUAUUGGAGAAAAGUGUAUUCAGAAAGAAAAAAGCAUAUAACAGAAUUACCAUUGGAGAUAGAACCAAUAGCGAACAAGUUUGGUGUAUUUGCUAACAAUGAGAUAUGUUUAUCAGAUAUUAAAGUGUAUGGGUUUGAUUAUGACUACACUUUAGCUUCCUACAAGGAUGAUUUACAUCAUGUGUUGUAUGAUCUGGGUAAAGAAGCUCUUAUAGAAAAAUACAAGUAUCCAAAAGGUAUUGGAGAACAACAUUUCAACCCCGACUAUAUACUCAGAGGUCUACAUUAUGAUAUAAGGAAGGGUUUACUGAUGAAAAUAGAUUCCUAUCAUAACAUACAGCUUGGUACAGUUUACAGAGGAACAACAAAAUUGUCAGACAACGAGGUGUUGGAGCUGUAUAAAGGAACACAUGUACCAAUUAGUGAUAUGAAUACAUUCUAUGGCUUUGGUCCUAUGGUUCAGUUAGUAGACAUGUUUGCACCUCCAGAAAUGAAUCUCAUAACUAAUGUAACUGAUUAUUUUAUAGAGAAUAAUAUACCAUAUGAUCCAGAAUAUGUGUUUUAUGACAUAAGAAAUGCAGUACAAAGUGUCCAUACAUCAGGUCAAUUACACUCGACAAUCAUGGGAAAUUUAGACAAAUACCUAGAGAAUGGUCCACACAUUAAAAAGAUUCUAGAAAGACUUGCAAAUGCUGGGAAGAAAUUGUUUAUCAUCACAAACAGUGGUUUUCCAUUUAUAAAUUCUGGCAUGAAGUAUAUGGUUGGUGAAAAUUGGAUUGACUUAUUUGAUGUAGUUGUUGUCAAUGCAAGAAAGCCAAAAUUCUUUAAUGAAAAUACAAGACCAUUUCGUUUGUAUGAUCCACAGAAUGAGAAUUCUUGGCACAGAGUCAAACAUCUGGAUAAAGGUCAGGUCUAUAUACAGGGAAAUUUUCUUGAUUUUCAACACAUGACAGGCUACUAUGGUUCAAAAGUUCUCUACUUUGGUGACCAUGUUUACACAGAUUUAGCUGAUCCAUCAUUGAAGCAUAGUUGGAGGACAGGUGCUAUUAUUCCUGAAUUAGAGUCAGAGAUAAAGGUGAUAACAUCAUCAGAUUAUAAGGCAUCUGUUAGAUGGUUGAUUGCUCUACAACAUUUGAUAGAGGAAAUGCAGGUAGGUUGUUAUUAAAGGUCAGAUAUUCUUAGAAACAAUGUUUGUUAUCCAUAUGUUAGCUUGUAGUCCAACUUAAUGAAUUAGGCGUUGAGAUAUUCUGAUAUAUUUAUGCUUCCAAAAGGGAGAGCAUAUAGUUGCCACAUUGUUUGUCAGUCCAUAAUGUCCGACUUUUCUUGUCCAGAAUAUAACUCUGACUCUACAAGAGUUAUCAUACAGAAACUUUGUAAGUAGAUAGAUCUCAUUGAGUAGAAGUGCAGUGCUUAAGAACAGUAACUCUGCAUUGCCUAAUUUUGGAAUUAUUGCCCUUUUUCAUUUUUACACUUUGAACUUUGUCCGGGGGACUUAAAGCUGCACGCCUCCAGAUGAGCAAAAAUAUUUUGAUAAAAUCAAACCUGAGAAAGAUGUAGUUAGAUUUUAGGAAAAGUAUAAAGAUUCAAAUUCUUGUAAUAAUUUACUUGUUAUGUGCGAUUAAUGACCAAUUUUUCACUAUUUUUUCACUUUAUUUCUACUGCGUUACUAACGCAGUAAG